AUGGCCGUGACCAUGAAGGAAGCAGGAGCCGGUUCAGAUACUGCGCCAGAUACCAGCCUUACCGGAUCAUUCCUCAUGGCGGCUGCCGAAAUGACUCAACCCGAGGUGGUGAGCUCGAGGCUCUUGCGAUUACCUGCCGCGCUAUUGGUGCGCAUAGCGGGACACGCAGAAGAUUGUAGCCUUCCCUCGAUGCGACUCGUCAGCCGCAGGAUAACCGAGACCACGUGGAAGGCAUAUCUCGAAGCGUUCUUCAUUACGCGGGCCCAUCUGACGACCACGUAUGGUCUACGAGUCCUGGCCGACGUCAGUCGGACCGAGGUCUUCGCUAGGAAGAUCAAGUCGAUCUCACUGCUCGACAAGAUCAUAUAUCGUUACACUCUCUAUCUUUCCGACGAUACAGUACGCAGGGGCUAUACGCUUCAGCAGCACGACAUCAAGCAACGUGUAUGGGCUGGCUCUGACGCCACUACAUUGACCCAGAUCUUCUCUAAUCUGGCAAGGCUUGGAUUGUCGCCUCGGGUAGAAAUCUAUCCAUGGCGCAAGCGUCGACAUAAGAUCGUUCACGGAGAGCGGCAGUUGGAUCGCAAGCUUGGGCUUGAUCAGGAUCAUAUAGUGUUUUGCGAUAAUCAAUGCGACCGCGCUAUCGCACAGGUACUUGUGGCCAUGGCUGUGUCGGGCUUCAAGGCCGCGGCCCUGGAUCUCUGCACCUUCCAUCGCGAUGCCUGGGUGGGCGGACUGGCCUUCAACUUGCCGCUCGACCUUUUCGAGGCGCCUAAUGAGCCUUUCCGCUUGCUCACAUCUCUCGGCAUUGGCUUUGGCGAAGCACUACCCACCUUGGCACCAGGUGAUCUAUAUGCGGCCUCUCGAGUCUUCAGCUCCCCACAUGCUCUAGAGAAGUUGAGUGCCAAAGGCGCGUGUGCUGUCAAUGGGAGUGAGUGCCGUGAGAUGCAAGCUCUCAUGAGCAUGAUCCAAACCACCAAGCUAAAAUCGCUCGGCCUGUUCAACAUCUCGGGUACGGCACUCUCCUUCAUCGACGGUCUCGCGCGCUCAAGAGCUACGCUGCGAUCUCUGGCAAUCGCACUCGCCACGAUCCCGACCGACAAUUGCUGGACCCCGGUGCUGAAGUUCUUAGCGUUCGUGUUGAGUAUCGAUCGAGUGCUGGUGUCAGGAUUGUACCGGAGCGAUAGAUCGAGGCUGCUGAAAGGACGCACUCACAGACAGGCUGCGGCUUGGCGCGAUGUUGCAGGCGUCAAGGACUGGCUGAUAGAGAAUGAGGAGACGGUGUACGAUCUAGUAUAG